CAUCAAUCUACUACCACAUACUCUCCGCAUAAGUAACAACUCAGUAUCUAUCUACCCUUUCAAUUCAAUUCAAUUCAAUCAAUUCAUCACAACCAUCACCACCAUGUCCACCCUCGAAGAAAAGAUCUCCGUCUUAUACAACUACUCCGCCUGUGAUGUCUCCGACGCCCUCCUCAAACUCCAACCCGUCCCUCCCAACACCCCACCCCGAGCAGGCUACAUCGCAGACCUAAGUACACCCCCUACCACCACCUACCUACCCAUCACCACCUACCUACCCAUCACCACCUACCUACCCAUCACCACCUAUACUAACAUCAAAACAGCACCCUACUACCCACCCUCCAGCACCCAACCAACAACACCCCCCAAACUAAUCGCCCCAGCCAGCACCCUCCAAUUCAUCCCCAAAUCCGCCCCCACACCCAGCACAUCCAAAGCCAUCCCCCCCUCAACGCACUGGUCCGACCUGACCACACCCUCCACCAUCCUCGUAAUCUCCCAGCCGGCAGACCAGCACUGCGCCGUCGUCGGGGGCAUCAUGGCCCUGCGGAUGAAAGUCCGGGGCGUGCUUGGCGUGGUAGUGGACGGGAGGGUGCGCGAUCGCGCGGAGCUCAAGGCCUCCGGGCUGGGGAUCUGGGCGAAGGGAGGGUCGACAGUGGGGAGUGGGGCGGAGGCGAAGGCGGGGGAGAUGGGUGGGGAGGUGUGUGUUUCGGGGGUGACUGUACGAGAGGGAGACAUCAUCUUCUGCGAUUACGAGGAAGGAGGAGUGGUGGCUAUACCUCGGGAGUUGCUGGAUCGGGUCCUCGAGGUGAUGCCGAAGUUGGUGGGGAUGGAUGAUAAGGUGAAGGAGGCGGUGGAGGGGGGGAUGAGUGUUUUUGAGGCGUUUGGGAGGUUUAGAGGGAAGAUUUAG